UAAAAGGGCAAAUCCAAACACACACUACAUCUCCUGCCUGUGCGCGAGACUGUUUCUGUUUCACUCGGACUCUUCCAUGAAGAUCGAGAUUCUUCGCCUCCGUUGACAAUCUUUUCCUUGUGUUCUAUUCAUUAUCCGUCGAAUCUUUCCUUAUCGAAGCUUCGAAUUGGUGAAAUAAGCUGAUUGUUCUUCUUCAUCUUCUCCAAGUUGAUUUUGCCUCAUUUUUUUCUUCAUCGCUUUCCCGAACUUGGGGAAGCUGCCCCCGCCCACAACGCCGAUUGAAAGAUGGUGGUUGCAUUCAUCUUGAGUCUGCAAGAUUUAUGGCCUUUCUCGGUAUUUAAGAACGAUGACCUGAAGGUUUCUAAGCAAUUGGUGAGCAAACUUUCCAUUCCCGAGCAGACUAAACAAUUUGUUUUCGCCGUUCGCGAUCCUGAAACGCAAUCCGUUAUUUACAUACUUUCCGCUUUGAAUUUGUCUGAGCGAUCGGCUUUUGAUGCCGAGUGUCUUAUCAAAGAGAUUAAACCGGACGCUGUGGUCGUUCAGGCGGAUAGUCCUCUGGCGUCAGAAACUCUAUCUGAAGAGAUUGCAUUGGAAGAUGGUGUUGGAGCCCCACUGCCGACUUCUUCUUUUGGGGUAGUUAAAAGGUGUUUUAUUGAUAAGAUUGGAAAGGAGAAUUAUGAGUCCGUAGCAGGCAAGUUUGUGCUGCGUAAGAUUUUUGGAACUGGCUUUCGCGGGCACUUGGUGGCGGCGAAGAAAGCGGCUGAGGAGGUAGGAUCCUCAUUCGUUGUGCUUGAAUCGCCAUUGGGGAAGUGUUCUUUGGGCAGCCCUUCCGGUGAAGUUGAUGCCGCAAAUCAUUUCCAAAGUUUUGUUAGUAGUUUAGUUCCUCAGAAAGGUGCCUCUUUGGCCCCUCUGACUUCAAAGAGGUUUUCCUUGAGUAAUGAUGUUCGAUCACAGCUAUUAAAAGCCUUAUCUCUCUAUAUGGAUCCACAAUUGCUGGCUCAAUCUCGUUCAGUUUCAGAAGAGGAUUCAUUAGAAAUUCGGCCUAGUGGUGAUUAUGAGGCCCCAGCUUUUGCCAAGUCACUUUAUCCAUUACUUGAGGACUUGCACAAUAUAUUUGCUGAUCUUCCAUCAAUUGGGAAAGCGCUAGCACAUGUGCAAAAGAUGCUAUUGGAUAUCAACAGAGGUGAGGUUCUUGAUACAAGAAUUAUCUCUGAGGUCUACAGGUUCCGAAUUGCUGUUGAAGGGCUAAGAAUGGCUCUAAAUAACAAUGGUCUACGGCCAAUUAACAGGAAAGAUAUUUCUGGAAUGGCCAAAACUGAGUUCUCAGAACUUCCAGUUGAGGAAAAAUCUCAUGUGCUCUUUGCACAGGCCCUUCGCAGUCAGACCGAUAGGUGUAAGACCAUAGUUGCACUCGUCGAUGCUAGUGGUUUAGCAGGUCUUAGGAAACAUUGGAAUACCCCUCUUCCUCAUGAAGUCAAGGAGUUGGUUGGACAGCUAGUAACAAAUUGUGAAGUUGAAGAGGUUAACUCAAAUCAAACUAACAGGAGGCGACUAUUGACGGAGAAACCUAUGGUGGCAGUAGGGGCAGGAGCAACAGCAGUUUUGGGUGCUUCCUCUCUGAGCAAAGCAGUACCCGCAUCGACUCUGAUGAAGGCUGUAACUCUUAAAGUUCCUACUUCGCUCAAAUUCUUUAUUAGUCAAACACAGAAAGCACUGGCAUUUGCCCUUGGACCAUCAAAAGCUGUGGCUCCUGGGAUUGCAAGUUCAGGAGCCAAAACAUCUGGUGUCCUCAAGGCAACUUUGUCUGCUGAGAAGAUUCGAGCUGUUGCACAUAGUGUUAUAGCCUCUGCUGAAAAGACCAGUAUCUCAGCUAUGAGAACAUCAUUCUAUGAGAUAAUGAGGAAGCGAAAGAUACAGCCUGUCGGGUUCUUACCUUGGGCUACAUUCGUAGGUAGUGUUGGUACUUGCACUGGCUUGCUAUUGUAUGGAGAUGGGAUUGAGUAUGCUGUUGAAUCUGCCCCUGCAGCCCCCUCCAUUGCAAGUUUGGGUCGUGGGAUCGAGCAUUUACAUCAGGUAUCUGAAGUGGCAAUGCAAACAGAAGGAACUAGAAUCCAAAAGUCCAUAGAAUCUUUGAUACAUAGAUUUAAGAAGGCAAAGGCUUGACAAUGCUAGAAGACAACUUUCUUUGAAUAGUUUUUAGUGGUGACCUUCGUAAAGUGAUGAUGGCAAGACCUAUCUAGUGAGUUCAGGAAAUUCUUCUGUAUAUAUAUCCAUGUCAUGUCAUGCAGUUUUUGUUUGGUGUUUUGGUCUGUAUAAAGCAUCAAUGUGCUUUGCUUUCUACCAUUUAUACCAGAAUUGUUACUGAAGGAAAUUAAAUAUUUUCCUAACCUACAA